CCGAACUAGGUUGGGGCGGGGACGGAAAUAUUGGUAAUCCGCCCCGACCCGAUUAUAGGUUAAAAUUAUAUAUAUACCCUUGUUCUAAUUUAGUAUUCUCUAAAUACCCUUCUACAUUGGGUUUCUUCACAUUUCUAUUCUACCAAACCACCGCAAGCAGCCCGCCGCCCGUCCCCACUGACGAUCUCGGCUCUCCACAGCUCGUUGGCACAGUCCUGUUCCGAUCAACGCCAGCUAUGUCCGAUUAGAUCCUGGUUUCGUGAAGCAGUGAAAGAUUUAAGAUCCGCGUCAAAACCGUAACUAUCCAAUGGCAGCACUCUUCAGAGCUCGAACAACUUCAUCAACAAUCCUCCUCAACAAGCUCUUCAGCCCCACCAUUCGUCCAUUCAGCGCCUCUCCCAAUGCUUUUGAUACAGUGUCUCACACCUCAACGCCUGGCAAGGCCACAAUGUUGAUGAAACAAAUGUUCUCGCUUGACAUCAGCUCUCAAAUCGGAAGCUGCAUGCCAAUCUCAAUGAUGCGAAUUGGGAUGCUCAUUCACAACAUUGAGAUUAACCCUGGUCAAGGUGGAAAGCUUGUCCGAGCGGCUGGUACAUCCGCAAAGAUCUUGAGAGAGCCAUCGCAACAUCGUAUGGUUGAAAUUAAAUUGCCUUCAGGCGUAAAGAAAUUGAUCGAUACUCGGUGUCGGGCCACCAUUGGAACUGUUUCGAACCCCAGCCACAAGGAUAAGAAGCUUAGGAAGGCCGGCCAAAGCCGAUGGUUGGGACGGAGGCCGGUCGUUCGCGGCGUGGCGAUGAAUCCCGUCGAUCAUCCUCACGGAGGCGGUGAAGGAAAGAGUAAGAGCAGUGGUAAUCACGGGAGGUGCUCACAAACGCCAUGGGGUAAGCCGUGCAAGGGAGGCUACAAAACUGCAUCACCGAAGAAAAAGAAGUAGGCUUCAGUGGAUUUGCUAAAAUGAUUUUCGUCUACUUGUUUUUGUUUCUGUUUCCAUUCUCUUGUUGUUUCUGCCUGACGGUCACCCAAUUUAAUCUGGUACCUUUUUGCAGUUAUUACAACCACUUUGUAGAUUUCUUUGGCAUUUCAUGCAUUUGGUUUCUGGAUUAACCCGCAUAUGACCUCACUAAUUGACCUUAGUCUGUGUUUGUUCAAUUUA